CUGUGUAAGUCACUUCUACAACACAACUGUUCAGUGCUUAUCAUAGCAACCAGACACAGAUGACAAGUUGGGGCUUGUCUGCUGCUGAGAGAGGCCAAUGGUCUGAACUUCCUCAGUCUGUAGAGCAGCAGGGUGACUGCUCCGAACCCUGCUGAACCUCUCCACUGCGACCAGCCGGACAUAAGAGACACACAGGGGAUUCCUAGAUCAGAAGACCCUCUUGUUCUUGAACUCCCCAAAAACACUCAGUGACCGACACUGGUGCCCAAUCCUGCUCUGACUCUCAUCCUGUGUGAGUGUGGAGUUCACCAUGGCAACCGAGCCUCAGGGUAACCUGGAAAAGCCAAGGUUUGGCCCCAGUGACCGCCUGAGCGCUAUGUUCAGGGCCUGCUCCAGAGAUCCAACCGAGGCCAUUAAAACCAGACUGAGAUGUAUUCUGCACACAUUUCUGCAACACCUCAAGGACAACGCAGGAAAUGAGAAGAUCAGCGACUUGGCAGCAAAGUGCUGCUGUGAAGCCGGAGUCUGGUAUUACAGGAUCCUGGAGAACCGUGCCAGUCAAGAAAGGAAAAGGCUGGGCAUCUGUGACAUCUCAGUCAUCUUGGAGAAUGAUCUUGCCCAGCGCUGUCUGGUGGCCUGUUGUUUGGAGGUUACCAUAUCCGCAAACCAACUACCAUGUGACUUCCCUCUGCUCCUUCAGAUCUUCAAUCUGGCACCAUACCACUUCUAUAAGGUGAUUGAGCUGGUGGUGCGGGCUGAAGUGGGCCUGCCUCGAGGGGUGGUCAGACACCUCGCCCAAGUGGAAGAGAAAGUUCUGGAAAGUUUGGCCUGGACCAGCGACUCACCGCUGUGGGAAGAAAUCAAAGUCAACGAGGGCCAUCUGCCCACCUGCCAACAGGUGAUGCCUCCUACACGGCUUGAAGAUCCAAAGAGAACAGACUUGCAACCAGACGAAAACCUACCAGGAGUUCUGUUUUUGCCAGUGGAUCUCAGAGCUGAACUGUCUGCCGGCACUGACCAACAGCAUUCCCCAUCAGCUGUAAACAGGCCUCGGAGAAGCAGCCCCCUCCACCUGUUUGCUCGCAAGGUUUACAGCCUGAUGGGCAUUCGUCUGAGGGAGCUGUGUUCCAUAAUGGGCAUUUCUGAUGAGCUGCGGUUGAAGAUCUGGACCUGUUUUGAGCACUCUCUGGUCUACUGCUGCACUGACCUCAUUGUAGACCGUCACCUGGACCAAAUGCUCAUGUGUGCCAUGUACAUCAUGGCUAAGAUUACCAAGGUGGAGAUACCCUUCAAACACAUAAUGAAGUGCUACAAGUCUCAGCCACUUGCCUGUAAAAGUGUCUGCAGAAAUGUGCUGAUUUCUGGAAGAGAGACAGAAAAUUCUCUCACUGGAAACAACAAUAAUGGAGAUUACAGCGACAGUAUCCUGACCCCCAACACACCUUCAAAACAUUAUCCAGGACCUUGUCAAGAGGAGAGGGGCAAUCUUAUUUACUUUUACAACCAGGUCUACUCGAGAAAGAUGCAGCACUUUGCCAAGCAGUUUGCCCCAACCCCUGGAGGAGACACUCCUCCUCUGUCUCCAUACCCACGACAGUGGAAAGCAUCUCCUCGCAGACACCGGCUGUCCAGCAACCACUCCAUCUACAUUUCACCGUACAACGCAGAAACCCCUCCCCCCUGUACACCUGGACUCUGCUACUACUUCAACUCAAGCCCCUCCAAGUGUCUGCGUGAGAUCAAUAACAUGAUCAAGACAGGCAGGUCACCCAACAGGCGAUCCUGUGUGGUAUUGUUGGAAGAUGGUCCGCCAGCGAGGAGGCGUCGUUUGGAAGUCUUGCAGAGGCAACUAAGGAAUGUGGUGAACGAUCGUGUGGCAAGACGGGACCAGCACCAAGCAUUUCCAGUUAAUUUAGCCUAACCUGCAUUAGAGCAGAGAGGAGCGUGCAGUCUCACUCUGCUCCUGUUUCUGAGAUUAUAACAACAAUGGCAGGUGUUAGAGGGAAAGCACAGAGCAGCUUUGUCUUCCUUUACAGGUAUCUUAAAAAAUAUUCCUUUGGGCCGAAUUCUUUGUCAGCUCAAGGUGCUGUCUGCAGUCUGAGCUAAAAUUACACCUUUUUUGCUCUGCACUAUUUCUGACACCUACUGUCUAGGUGUCCUUGAACGAGGCACUUAACCCUCAGCUCAGUGGCCAAUGGUAGAAGACUGUAGUCGUCCUGGGCAGCUCCCUGGUGUAAGUGUUUGAUGUUGUAUGAAUAUGAAGUAGGGCAUGGCUGGGAAGUGCUAAGUUGACUUUCCUUGGAUAAAUAAAUGUUAGACUGAGAAAGGAUGUUACCAACUGAACUGCAAUUAAAACUGUGGGACAAGCAUUUAUCAAGCUUUACCAUGGCCUUAAUGAAUACUUGAUUCAAAUUGAUUAGAGGCACACAACCGUGGAGAGGUAAUUCUAGUUUACUUCUUCACAGGAAUGAAGGGAAAGUGUACAAGUUACGUUGGUUAGUAAGUAUGUAGACAGAUUUGAGACACUAAAGAAAAUCUGUCUGAAUAAUAAUACUUUCAUAUCCCAUCAUCAGCUCCAGCCAUUACUAAUUGCAAUCUUAAUAUCGUGGUUGAUUCAAUAGUACAUCAAUCAAAAAAAUUGCACAGAGGAAUUUUAUUAAAGUCCCCCUCCACUCAGAAAAGUGUUUCACUUAUUGUCACAUCAUUUGGAUGUUUGACCUUCACUGUGCAGAAUGAUGUACUGAAUGCGCAGCCUGACAGAAGUCUCUCUAAAUUAAAUCUGAGUUUAAGACGUGUGCUCAAGCACAGAACUUUGUGACAUCACAACUAGUUUGGAAGCCAAUCAUGGUCCAGCAUUCAACCUUCGCACAAAAGUGUGGAUGUGGAAACUUGAAACCUCCAGGUCACAUACACUGAGAAUUCACUUCACAGUGAAAUAGGAGACCUCUUGUGUUCAGGAGUGAAACCUUUCAAUCAUUUUGUUUCUGUUUUUUCUGGAUCAUUUAACUUUUUUGUUUAAAAAAAAAACAUAUCAGACACAAAUUAUUAUUUAAAGCUGAGUAUUUUUAUGUGUGUAAAACCUGUCUGGAGGUUUUGUAAAUGUUUAUAAAAGAUGUUAAAUCGAAAUACUGUUCUUGUAUAGUGUCACCAUAAACUCUACUUUUUGGAAAGCAAUCAGUGUGAAAUAAAGGCACGUUUAACAAUAAACAUUCAUUUCAUUUGAUGAUAA